AAAAAUAUGGCAAUAUCGCGAAUUGAUGAAGUAUGACACAUAGAAUGGACCUGCUGUCCCCCGUUUAAAUAAGAAAAUCUCAUUUCAGUAGGCCUCUAAGGUGUCCCUUACUUACCUGAGUGAGAGCCAGCUGAGUGAUGGGCGCCAGAGACAGGUGAGAGUGCAGCAGCGGCACACAGUCAGUCACGCACACGUCGCCCCCUGCCGGGCUGGAGGAGAGCAGCAGCCCGUUGACGCUGCAGCGGGGAAACAAGCAGGCGUGCAGGUACAUCUUGACGUACGCCCGGCAGGACAGCUCCACCUCGCCCAUGACGGCAGCUGCGGACGAGGACACAAGCACAACCAACCAACCAACCAAUCAAUCAAUCAAUCAAUCAAUCAAUCAAUGACCAGAAAAGCCAACUUCCUGUGACAGCGCAAACAUUAGCACUAGCAUCAAUGCUAACCAAAGCGGUGAAUGCGGUAUUACCUCGACUGUGGAAUAGUCAGCAAACGCCAGGCGGUUUUUCGCCUAAAACUAUAUUUUUACUCAAAUGUAACCAUUUAACUGUUUUAACCCAAAGCGAACGUGGAAGCUGGUCUUCUGAUGACAGCGACUGAAGGCGACCCGGCAGCUAAUGCUAUCUGUCGGCCAAGAGGCGGGGACUCGCGCCCCCUGAAAGCAACGAUUGGUCAAAACAGGAAGUUCCUCUUUUUUGAUUGGACGGGCGACGUGGUUGAGGCGCUGGGCGUGUGCCACCGCGUGCACUUCCUCAACAAGGUGGUGUCCUGGGUGGAGGUGAUCGAGGCUCGCCCCGGCCCCGCGGUGGACGUGAGCGACGCCACGCUGGGCGGCGUGCCAGCGCGCGUCUUCCGGGCCAAAGGGGGCGGGGACCUCAAAAGGGGGAUUGUUUACUUCCACGGCGGAGGAUGGAGCCUACUCAGCGCACGGAUGCGCUCCUACGACCGUCUGUGCCGCAAGAUGGCGGAGGACCUGGACGCCGUGGUCGUGUCGGUGGACUACCGUCUGGCGCCGGAGGCCAUGUUCCCGGAUCAGUAUCACGACGCGUUGGCGGCGGCGAGGGCCUUCCUGUCCGACCAGGUUCUGGAGCGGUACCGCCUGGAUCCGGAGCGGCUGUGCGUCUCCGGAGAUAGCUCCGGAGGAAACCUGGCGGCGGCGGUGGCGCAGGAACUGGGCUCCGACGACGGUCUCACGGCGAGGUUCAAGGCUCAGGCGCUGAUCUACCCGGUCCUUCAGGCCCUGGACUUCCACACGCCGUCCUACCAGCAGAACCAGGCGGUCCCCAUCCUCUACAGACCCCUCAUGGCCCACUUCUGGCUCCUCUACCUGGGCGCCGACCCCUCCUUGGAGGCGGCGCUGCUCGCCAACAACCACAGCGCCCUGGACCAGCCCGCCACGCGCGCCAAGCUGGACUGGACCGCGCUUCUGCCCGGUGAACGCAAAAACGGCUUCCGGCCGGUCCCGGCGGAGAGGGGAUCGCCGGGGUUGCUGGACCAGGUGCCGGCGCUGCUCGACGCCCGGGCGGCGCCGCUGCUGGCGGAGCAGGCGGUUCUGGGGAGGACGCCGAAAGCCUACGUGAUGACGUGCGAGUUUGACGUCCUGAGGGACGACGGGUUGAUGUACGCCAGGCGACUGCGGGACGCCGGCGUCACGGUCACCAGCGACCACUACGAGGACGGCUUCCACGGCUGCAUGGCGUUCACUUACCUGCCCGUCAUGUCCGGCGUGGGCCGCCGCAGCAUGGAGAACUACAUCCGCUGGCUGGACCACAACCUCUAAAUCAGGGGGGGGGGCCCUGAACCUUUUCCACUGAGGUGUGGUGCAGGGUCUGGAGCUUAAACAACAAACAAAGUGGAUUUAGUACAAAAGUUUUAUUUACCCAUAAUCAAAAAGUACAAAGUUGGAUUGAGUUGCCCAUGCAGACAGACAACGUCCUCCAGAGGCGUUGGAUGAAUCGAGAUCAUGUGACUCUCACACAGUGUUGGUCUACUAGCCAUCUACGGUGGGGCUAAAAAGUAUUUAGUCAGUAAGUUCUCCCACUUAAAAUGAUGACAGAGGUCUGUAAUGUUCAUCAUAGGUACACUUCAACUGUGAGAGACAGAAUGUGAAGAAAAAAAAUCCAGGAAUUCACAUUGUAGGAAUUUUAAAUAAUUUAUUUGUAAAUUAUGGUGGAAAAUAAGCAUUUCAAUCAAUCAAUCAAUGUUUAUUUACAUAGCCCCAAAUCACAAAUGUCUCAAAGGACUGCACAAACCAUUACGACUACGACAUCCUCAGAAGAACCCACAAAAGGGCAAGGAAAAGUCACACCCAGUGGGCAGGGAGAAUUCACAUCCAGUGACAAUGCUGACUAUGAGAAACCUUGGAGAGGACCUCAGAUGUGGGCAACCCCCCCCCCCCUCUAGGGGACCGAAAGCAAUGGAUAUCGAGCGGGUCUAACAUGAUACUGUGAAAGUUCAAUCCAUAGUGGCUCCAACACAGCCGCGAGAGUUCAGUUCAAGGCGGAUCCAAGACUGCAGCCAGAGUCCCGUCCACAGGAAACCAUCCCAAGCGGAGGCGGAUCAGCAGCGUAGAGAUGUCCCCAACCGAUACAAAGGCGAGCGGUCCAUCCUGGGUCUCGACUCUGGACAGCCAGUACUUCAUCCAUGGUCAUCGGACCGGACCCCCUCCACAAGGGAGGGGGGGGACAUAGGAGAAAACAGAAAAGAAGCGGCAGAUCAACUGGUCUAAAAAGGAGCUCUAUUUAAAGGCUAGAGUAUACAGAUGAGUUUUAAGGUGAGACUUAAAUGCUUCUACUGCUAUUUGGUCAAACAUUCAAAGCUCUCACUGAUGGAAGGAGGUUCUGGCUCAAAAUCUCACGAUACAUGGCCCCAUUCAUUCUUUCCUUAACACGGAUCAAUCGUCCUGUCCCCUUAGCAGAAAAACAGCCCCAAAGCAUGAUGUUUCCACCCCCCAUGCUUCACAGUAGGCAUGGUGUUCUUGGGAUGCAACUCAGUAUUCUUCUUCCUCCAAACACGACCAGUCGAGUUUAUACCAGAAUGGAUACAUGGAUGAUUGGGAGAAUGUCAUGUGGUCAGAUGAAACCAAAAUGGAACUUUUUGGUAUAAACUCAAUUGGUCGUGUUUGGAGGAAGAAGA